CAGUCUCAGCCACGCCUAUAACUACUAUCCUUUCUCUGAAACGAGCAUUGCUUCCUUUCGUUUCGUUUCGAUCGUCUUCUCCGUUGGUCUCUUACCUACCCACACCCUGCAAGGUAGCUUGCGUGAUCGUCGUUGUCGCCAUUGUUGGAUGCAAGAAGGUGGCUGUUUCUGAGUGAAGCGGAUAAAAAUGACCACCUGUUCAUAUUGUCAUCUUGGCCGGCUGUUGCGUUUCUCCUCUGUUUCGCUGAACUUGUCAUGAUCCUUCCGUUGCUCCUCCCUGCCAGCCCCGCUCUUCAAAUCGGCCAUCACCGCCGCGACGCGUCGCAUCCGAGCUGUUCUUCUCUGCCUCCGACGGUUCAUCCUUGGUGCUGAAUUGUUGAUAGAUUAGCCAUCUCAUCCUCCAAGAACACGAGAGGUCGCUGAGUGGCGAUCGGAUCAGUGGCUGUUCUCGGAUCGAGGCUGCGAGCUCGAUCCUGCAGCUUUGGUACUUGAACCGGUGUAAGAGCCAUGCAAGACGGCGCGGGAGGAGAAGGGGGAAUCCAGUUGCUGCUGACGAUCCUCGCCGACGGCGAGGAGCAGGCACGGCAGCUCGGGGAGCUCGCCGACGACCCGCGGUCGCGGGCGGAGCACUACCGGGGCGCGGCGCGGCGGCUCCAGUGCACGCUCGGGAAGGCGGUGGCCGUCGCCAAGGCCGUCGAGGCCGCGUCGGGGGGUUCGUCGCGUGGCACCGACCGCUCCGACUCGCCGCGGUCGGUGGACGAGAGCUCGGGCGCGACGGCCGCGGUGGAGCCGCAGGAGCGCCAAGUCAUCGGCAACAAGAGAAGGAAAGGCCUGCCGAGGUGGACCGCGAAAUUCCGAGUGCCAGACGCAAACUUGGAGGCCACACCUGACGACGGCUUCAGCUGGAGGAAGUACGGCCAGAAGGACAUCCUUGGCGCCAAGUUUCCCAGGGGUUACUACCGGUGCACGUACCGCACGGCGCAGGGGUGCCCGGCGACGAAGCAGGUGCAGCGCUCGGACGCUGACCUCUGCGUCUUCGACGUCACGUACCAGGGCGAGCACACCUGCCACCAGAAGCAGCGCCACGUCGCCGUGGCGACCGCGCACGGCGGCGGCGGCGGGAGCCAGUCGCCGCCGCCGUCGUGUCACGAGCAGGGCGACCCGAGCAUGCAGCUACUCAUGGGCUUCAAGGACGCCCUGAAGGUGGAGACGGGGCCCGGCGCGCUCCACCAAGACCGCGACUACUACGACCACGGCCCCGCCUCCGCGCCCGCCGCGCCCUUCUCCUUCCCCUCCGUGCCUUUCGGCGAGGCGGCGGCGGCGGCGGCGGCCUUCUCGGCGCCCGGGUCGAGCUACUUCCCCGCGCCGCCGCAUCACUGCCCCGCGGUGGCCGGGAGCUACGACGUCUACGACUACGAGGCGGGUCCUGGGCCGCGCGUGCGCGGGGGCGCGGAGCCGUCGGAGCUCGGCGAGGUCGUCUCCCGGGCGACGGGGUGUGACUACUCGUCGCUCUACCACCACGCUGGGCUCGACCCGCACCUGCCGUUCGCACCAUUUGGCGGGCCGUCCCAUGGCCCGUUCCAGUAGGAGAUCGAAGCAUGGAGCCAUGGACAGUGAACUGAUCAGGAUUCGAAAGAGACGGCUCGUAGGACACGUCUCGCUUCCUCUUGAGGAUUUUGCUUGGGUUUAUUUCUUGCUUUCGCGGCAGUAGUUAACACGACACACGACAGGUAGUAGCAACUACCAUCCGUACCUUACUUCAGUGUCCUCAGCACUUGGCCCUUUAGUUUUGCUUGAUCAUUAAUGUAAGAGAAUUAGUGAACUUUGUCUGUAAAUCUUUGAUCUACUACUCUGUCCAAAAAAGAAAAUCAUUCUAGUUUUGUUUUAAGUCAAACUAA